AUGUCGGGCGCUACGGCCGCGUCCAGCUGGAGCACAAUGAAGACGCGCAUCACCGCCUCGGUGCGAACAACCAAUCGCAUGAAUGCGCUGCUGUCGGAGUCCAUGCUGAGCCGGCGGCGCGCGCUCCAGAGUGCUGCGGGCGAGGGUGAGGCUGGCGGCGUGGGCGGCGAGUUGGGCGGCGAGCGUAAGGAGAAGCCGAAAAAUGAUUGGAAAUUCUUUCACACCAAUUUCAAUAUGGAACGUGCCCAUAAAAUCAUCGAAGAUUGCAUUGAGGAGCGUCUGCUGUGGGAUCGUUUCAGCCGCAAUUAUGACUCUUGGCGCGCGCUGCAGCUGGCCGAGAGUCUGGCCGCGGAGAUACGAGACCGGGUCAAGAAGCUAAACCACAGGCGGCAUCGCAUUGUCUGUCUGCUGUCGAUUGCCGAGAAGCAGAACCAGGGCAUUUAUCAGCGGAUGUGCCAUCUGAUGGACGAGAAGCGAGAUAACUUUACUCAACUGGUUUUUGAGCGUCCCACGUACUUCAUGAUUGUUGUCUUGUAUUUGGUCUAUCAGGACUAG